GCGGGGCCCGGGGCGUGGCGGGCGUCUCGGGGCGCCAGGUGCGGCUUCCGCGUCAAGAUGGCCGCCGCCCGCCGCGCGGGGGCCCGGCUCCUGCCACGCCAAAGCUCGCACCUUCCCGCCGGGGCCCCGCUGCUGCGUGUCGCCUUCUGCCUCCUGUGCUGGGCCCCGGCGGCUGUGGGCGCCGUCCCUGAGCUCGGGCUCUGGUUAGAGACGGUCAACGACAAAUCAGGACCUUUGAUAUUUAGGAAAACUAUGUUUAGCUCUACCGAUAUCAAAUUUUCUGUUAAGUCAUUCAGUUGUUCCGGGCCUGUGAAGUUUACCAUAGAGUGGCAUUUGAAGUAUCAUACCUGUCACAAUCAAUAUUCUGAUCUGGAAGUCCUGUCUGAAAAACAUGAACUUAGUGUUGAUGAAGACUUUUGUGGCCAUUAUUUCAAGAACACUGACUGUUGGAAAACAAAAACUGAAAACUUAGAUUGCAACAAUGAUUUACAGGUGUUUCCCUCACUGAAUGUGAUUUCUCUUUCUAUGAUUGGGCCUCAUGGAUAUAUCUCUGCAUCAGAUUGGCCUCUAAUGAUUUUUUACAUGGUGAUGUGUAUUGUUUAUAUAUUAUAUGGCAUACUCUGGCUGAUGUGGUCUGCCUGUUACUGGAAAGAUAUAUUAAGAAUCCAGUUCUGGAUCGCAGCUGUUAUUUUCCUAGGAAUGCUUGAAAAAGCAGUUUUUUAUUCUGAAUACCAAAACAUCAACAGCACUGGACUGUCGACCCAAAGUUUAUUGAUAUUUGCAGAGUUGAUAUCUGCAAUUAAGAGGACGUUGGCUCGCCUCCUCGUGAUCAUCGUGAGCUUGGGUUAUGGCAUCGUAAAGCCUCGGUUAGGAACAGUCAUGCACCGAGUGAUUGGACUGGGGCUUCUUUACUUUAUCUUCGCAGCUAUUGAAGGCGUGAUGAGAGUCAUUGGGGGUUCUAACCAUUUAGCUGUUCUUUUGGGUGACAUUAUUUUAGCAGUUAUUGACUCCAUUUUUAUAUGGUUCAUUUUUAUAAGUUUGGCACAAACCAUGAAGACUCUAAGACUAAGAAAGAACACAGUGAAAUUUUCAUUAUACAGGCACUUUACAAAUACUCUGAUCUUUGCUGUGCUGGCUUCUGUAGUGUUUAUGGUAUGGACAACUAAGACAUUUAGAAUUGCAAAAUGCCAAUCAGAUUGGAUGGAACGCUGGGUUGAAGAUGCAUUUUGGAGCUUCCUCUUUUCACUUAUCCUUAUUGUAAUAAUGUUUUUGUGGAGGCCGUCAGCAAAUAAUCAGAGAUAUGCCUUCAUGCCCUUAAUAGAUGAUUCUGAUGAUGAAAUUGAAGAAUUCAUGGUAACAUCUGAAAAUUUAACUGAAGGAAUAAAAUUAAGAGUCUCAAAAUCGGUUUCCAAUGGAACAGCUAAACCUACUUCUGAUAACUUUGAUGAAGAUUUGAAGUGGGUGGAAGAAAAUAUUCCCUCUUCAUUCACAGAUGUAGCUCUUCCAGUGUUAGUGGAUUCAGAUGAGGAAAUCAUGACCAGAUCUGACAUGGCUGAAAAAAUGUUCUCUUCAGAAAAGAUAAUGUGAUUGGAACCCAUGUAAAUGAAACCUAGUUAACCAUGAAGGACUGUCCUUCUUCAAGACUGAAAGAGGGCUUUGUUUUGAUAUAGCAUAAUGUUUUUAUUGUAUUAUUUUGGAAAUCUGUAUGUUAAAAUGAAUUCAGGUGAUAGGAGGGUUCCGUAACCCUUUUAUAGCUGACUCUUGAAUGUCAGUUUAAUGUUCAUUAAAUUUCCUGGAACUGGAAAUAAUCUGAGAGAAGUAUGAUAAAGGUAUCUGCACGAACACCUCUUGGCUGAUGGGUGGCAGUCGUGUGGAUUUUGGUUCCCUCUCCUUUCUUAAAAAAUUUUUGUAACACGUUGA